GAGCCACAGUAGUCUGUCUCCCUGUCUCUGUCUGUUAGUCUACCUCUAGGUGCCAUGGAUUACAUUGUGGUGGAACACAUCUUCCUCCUCGUCCUCGUCACUCUCUUCAGUGUUAUGCAGAACGCGUUCUUUGCUCAGAAGGUAGAGAAGGAAGGUAGAAGUCAAAAUGUCAAGGCGUCUACGUUGGAGCGAGUGUCCUGUGCCAAUCGUAACUGCAUGGACUCCUAUCCUACAUUCCUGGCUGUGAUGUGGUGUGCUGGCCUGUGCCUAAAUCAAGCUCCUGCAGCUUUCGCUGGGAUCAUCUACCUUUUUGCCAGGCAGAAGUAUUUCAUCGGUUACAUGGGCCAGACGUGUCAGAGCACUCCUGGAUUUCAGUUUGGAAAGCGCAUCCUUUUGUUCCUGUUCCUGAUGUGCAUUGUGGGUAUUGUAAGCUUCCUGCUGGUUCGCUACGCUAGCAGCGACUACAAAGAAUACGUGGAGACCAUCACCAGCGCCGCCUCUGCUCUGCUCCUCAUCCCCUGAUUUCUUAUUUACCUUUUAAAUGAAUCAUGUGCCAUUUUGUCCCAGUCAUGACAUCUGUCAUGAAAUUAUUUUAGCAAAAGUUUUUAAGCCAUGCACACACAAUGUAAUGAAUUCUGCGAAAAUAAAAAUAAUAAUAAUAAAAGACAAGUCUAUGAACAAAUCUUUAAAUGUGUGAUGUUGACAGCAAGUCUAUAGUGUAAAUACAUUUAAAAUAUGAACAGGACAUUUUGUAUAAAGGACAUUAAAAUGAAAUACAAUUACGCGUAAGCCAAAUAUUAUACUUCUUGUGAUACGAGGCCAAAUGUUGGCUAUAACCUGGGCCUGGUUGCAAGAUGUGUUUCAGUAAAUCUCAGAAUUGAACUGUAAGGUGCAGCCACUUCCUAACUUAUUCUGAGCAGUAUUCAUUUUCAAGCCCACAAGCCUUUGGCCCGUAUGCAGCUGCUUCCUGCUUCA